AAAAUGUUGUUUGUUUUUACUUAUCCAAUCCCUACUUCCUGUAUUAUCAAUUAUGCGUGUUUAUUUAUAGAAGUCAGAAGAAUAUCAUCUUUCAUCUAUUUACUACUACUGUAUUCCUGUCUUUCUAAUCUCUUGUAGUACAAAGAAUUGAAGAAAAACUUAAUCUGAGCAAUAUAUAGUACAAUACUAUUAUGGCUGUGUUGACACAAGAAGAGCCUAUUCUAUCUAGGCUUGAUCGUCUUGAUAACUUGAUGAGGCAUUUGGAGAUGAUAAGAGGAGGCAAUAGAAGUCCAAAAAGCACAUCUUCACCAUCUACACCAUCAACUGGAACUCGUACAAGUGACGCUCAUCCGUCGUCCCUUGAUUUUUCUCCAAGGAGCCGAGAUAAGUUGCAUUGUCGCCCUAUCGAUGAUGUCAUUGUGGAGACGGAGCACAAAGGAACUUUGCUCGAUAGAGUUUCUCUCAUCGAACAUCGCCUCCUCAAGGUGUGCAUGCAAUUGCAGCUAGAGCAAGAGUUGGAAGCUGAGAAUCAGGCAUUGUCCCAGAAACAAGAGGUGUCUCCCCACAAGAAGAAGAAGGGUUUGAAGCAAUUGGUCAAAUCUUGUGUUAAAGGAAAAGGAAGUACUGAUUAUAAAUAGUUCAUGCUAUUAUUAGUAUUUUAAUUAAAAGUAGUACUUAAGAGUUAAGGGGUGCUUUUUUUUUUGUUGUUUUUUGCUUGGAUCUCCUGAGUUCUGAUACUUCUGACUAAUACUCUAGCGUGCGUUUGUUGCAUAUGGUGGAAAACUUUACUGUAACAUUGGAUUGUGGUUGUAUUGAUAUGAAAAUUGAAAAUGAAAAUUUUCAGUAACUA